CAUGGACCCUGAGCGCUGCGCGCCUUUUGCCGUGGGCCCGGCAGCCGGUCCCUAUGCGGCCGCGGGGGACGAGCCUCCAGGCCCCCAGGGGACUUCCGACGCUUCGCCUCACCUGCACCCCGCGCCACCCCGCGGCCCGCGGCUGAGUCGCUUCCCGGCCUGCGGGCCCCUGGAACCCUACCUCCCAGAGCCCGCCAAGCCGCCCGCCAAGUACCUGCAGGACCUCGGGCCCGCCCCGGUACUCAACGGCGGCCACUUCUACGAGGGCCCCGCAGAAGCUGAGGAGAAGGCCUCCAAAGCUGCCAGUUUCCCCCAGCUGCCGGUGGAUUGCCGAGGGGGUCCCAGAGACGGACCCUCUAAUGUGCAAGGCUCCCCAGGCCCCUGCCUGGCCAGCUUGCGAGUCCCUCUUUCCCCUGGACUUCCUGACACCAUGGAGUUGGCCAAGAGCAAGAGCAAGAAGCGUCGGAACCGCACAACCUUCAGCACAUUCCAGCUGGAAGAGCUGGAGAAAGUCUUCCAGAAAACCCACUACCCGGACGUGUAUGCCCGAGAGCAGCUGGCUUUACGCACGGACCUGACAGAGGCCCGGGUACAGGUCUGGUUCCAGAACCGCAGAGCCAAGUGGCGGAAGCGUGAGCGUUAUGGGAAGAUGCAGGAGGGGCGGAACCCUUUCACUACUGCCUAUGACAUCUCUGUGCUGCCCCGAACUGACAGCCAUCCUCAGCUGCAGAACUCUCUGUGGCCCGGUUCAGGGUCUGGGAGCCCAGGGGGGCCCUGCCUCAUGUCUCCAGAGGGUAUCCCCUCUCCAUGCAUGUCUCCAUACUCCCACUCCCAUGGAAACGUGGCUGGCUUCAUGGGAGUGCCAGCCUCCCCCGCAGCCCACCCUGGCAUCUAUUCCAUCCAUGGCUUUCCUCCUGCCCUGGGAGGGCACAGCUUUGAGCCUUCUCCAGAUGGUGACUACAAGUCCCCAAGCCUCGUCUCGCUCAGGGUAAAGCCCAAAGAGCCCCCCAGCCUGCUGAACUGGACCACGUGAUGGGUUACGGGGACACAGAACGAGCUGCUCACUCCUCUUCCUGCUCUCCCCUGCUCCUCGCCCAUCUCUGCCUGGACACCGGACAGCAAACCCUUCUGCUUCCAUGUUCUGGGUGGUUCCAGAAGCUUGGGAGAGAAGCUUCAGGGAUCAGGCUACAGGGUCUUAGCUCUUAAAAAAGGUGGGACCCCCUGAAGAGACUUCAAAGCAUGUAGGACACUUCCUUGUAAACUGGGUCCCCUCGUUCAAAUUGGGCUAGAGACACUGCCCUGUUUUCUCAAGACUAUUUCUAAGUCUGGGGAGCCAGCCCAGGAAGACGGGAGGAGAAUGCAGACUGAGCAGGGAGGAGCUCUCUCUCUGUGGCACUCAGGGCUGGCCUCGCUUCUGCCUUUCUACCACCAGGGGGCGUUUGCUAAGUGCCCGGAGCUGACACGUGCCCAGAGGACAAAGGUCAGCUUAAUAAAAGGCGGGGGUUUCCUCUGCUCCAAGCAUCCCUCAAAUCUUUCUGCCCCGUACCCAGUCUAUCAAUAUACUGUGGAGUCAUUUUCUCCAAGGACGGAAAAGAUUCCACCAAUCAUUAAAUAUUUGGAUUUGCUUUCAUGGGAUCAGGCCAGGGCUAUGCCAUGGAAACCAUAUUGGAUGUUGAUCAAAAUAAAACAGAUUUUUCUAGUCUCUGA